GCGCAUGCGCGUUGUUACAGAUGCUGGACGCCGUCUGCUUUGUAGGGUCGAUCGAUUGCCUGACUUUCGGUGAGUCAGCCGCUAAUUGCAAGAGAUUACGGGGAAUAUUCGCAGUCGUUGCUAGUUAAUUAACAUUAUUAGCUUCCUUUAAGUUCACAGGCAGCGCUUGUUUCGCUUGGACUCUUCAGACGACAGAAGUGAGGAGUGUAUAUAAACAAAACGCUAGGAGCUGCUAUUUAAGGUGGCACGUCAAAGAUAGCUGCAACAACAAGACUCGUCCAGUUCCCAUUUGUUAAGUUAGCCAACUUCGUGUUGGCCGCGUCUCCUGUGAUGGAAAUGACCGUACAGCUUUAUUAGGAGUUGAACUCCAAAUCGUAUGCGUGCGAACAUGAGAGAAGAAUACAGUUUGUUGACAGGAAGGCAGCCCAUGGCAAGUGAAAGAGGGGGUGAACAUCCCUGCUGCUGCCCCUACUUGACAGAGGAGAGAGGAACACUUGCUAGCCAGAAGAGUGUCCUGAAGCCUCCUGGUCAUUUAUCCGCGUCUAAGUAGUGUAAAAUCAGACUUCGGCACAAUAUGGAGACGGUCGGGAAAUUUGAGUUCAGUCGGAAGGACUUGAUAGGACAUGGCGCAUUUGCUGUCGUCUUCAAAGGUAGACAUCGAGAGAAACAUGACUGGGAGGUGGCAGUAAAGUGCAUAAAUAAGAAGAAUCUGGCCAAGUCGCAGACGCUACUGGGGAAAGAAAUCAAAAUACUCAAGGAACUGAAACAUGAGAACAUUGUUGCAUUACUGGACUUUCAGGAAACUGCCAGCUCAGUGUACCUGGUAAUGGAGUACUGCAAUGGAGGCGACCUUGCUGACUACCUGCACUCUAAGGGCACACUGAGUGAGGACACUAUUCGGGUUUUCCUCCAGCAAAUUGCGGGGGCCAUGAGGGUCCUACAGGCCAAAGGUAUAAUCCACAGGGACCUCAAACCCCAGAACAUUCUGCUCUCCUAUCCACCAGGACGCAAGUCGCACUCCAACAACACCUGCAUCAAGAUCGCGGACUUUGGCUUUGCCAGGUACCUCCAGAACAACAUGAUGGCAGCAACGCUCUGUGGGUCGCCUAUGUACAUGGCUCCUGAAGUCAUCAUGUCCCAAAACUAUGAUGCCAAGGCUGACUUGUGGAGCAUAGGAACCAUAGUGUUUCAGUGCCUGACUGGGAAGGCUCCUUUUCAGGCCAGCAGUCCCCAGGACCUGCGGUUGUUCUAUGAAAAGAACAAGACACUCAGCCCCAGCAUCCCCAGAGAGACUUCAAGCCAUUUGAGGCACCUGCUGCUGGGUCUGCUGCAGCGCAACCAUAAGGACCGCAUGGACUUUGAUGAGUUUUUUUGUCACCCUUUUCUGGAGGCAAGCUCAUCCAUGAAAAAGACAACUCCUACUGUGUCCAUGACCUGCUUCCCAAGUUCUGCAUCAGCCAGCUCUUGUAGCAGCUCCUCCACCUCUCACCUCGCCUCACCGCCGCAGUCUCUUGCAGAGGUUCAGCAUUUGCGUGCCAAAGCUCUGGCCUCCCCUACCCAGGAGGCUGCUGGUUUUCUCCUCAAGGACUCGUCUGGUGGGGGUGGCAGCAGCAAAAACUCCUCCUCCUGUGACACAGAUGACUUUGUCAUGGUGCCUGCUCACUUUACAACGGGUGAGCUGACAUGUGAGAGUAAAAUGCUGCCAGACAGCCUGAUGAACAGUGGAUCUCUCCUGGCUUCUGCUGGUCUGUGCAGCCAAACCAAAACACCACCACACUCACCUUCCUACAGUGGGUCUCCUAGUCCUGUCAGGCCCAGUGAGUUCCCGGGAGGUAACUAUGGUGUUAACUGUGGAAACCAUGGUCAGUCAUUGCCCAUCCCAGUCCCCACUCAGCUCCAGAACUACCAGCGCAUGGAACAAAACCUCCAUUCGACCAAACAGGAUGGCUCACCACGGCUGUCGACACCAGUGCGCCGCUGCAGCAGUGGAAGCUCACUGGGCUUUGUUAGGACUGGGCCUUCACCGCCCUAUGGGCAGGGAGCACUCACUGCCAAUCGCAGGCUUUCUCUGGGUGGCGCCAGACCCUUUCAGCUCUCUCCACAAGCUCCUCAGCACACUGAACCCCGGCCCACUUCUCAUCAACACCCACAGAGGACAGGACUGGGCACACGGCUCCACAGUGCCCCCUGUUUGUUAGAGUGUGCCAGUGGUGGUGGCAGGCAAAAGAUAAAGAAGCAGCACUCAGAUCCAGUGGUGGCCCCCUCGGCAGGCCCCAUGACCAUCCGCCCUCUGCACUCUUCUCCCAGACUCAGUGAGCUGAUGCAGCGAAGCCCCCUCCCCACCAUCCUGGGCUCCCCUUCCAGAACUAUCCCCCCAUUUGAAUUCCCCAAGCCUCCCAGCUCUCCAAACCUUGUAACCUUCCUAACACAGCAGGGUUUGGUCAUCGGCUCCCCUUGCAGCAGACCUGCCCCAGCAGAGCCCAGAGACCCAGGACAACAGGCACCUACACAGGUCACCCAACCUGCCCACUGUAUCCACAGACGGAAUGAUGAUACCAAGGGCUUUGGAAGGUCUCAGAGUGCCGGUCGUCUUUCUGACAUGCUGCUGAUGGCUGCGUUUGGACCCGGUGGACUUGUGGGUGACCGGGGCAGCACAGAGAACCUGACCUCUGAAAAAGCCAUAGAUAUAACAGUGCCCCCCGGUGGUGGGGGAGUCCUUGUUCCUGGCUCCGGCAGCUCAGCACAGGUGGUUUUCACCGUGGGCUCUCCUCCCAGUGGCAGCACCCCACCUCAUACCUCCAGACAGAGGAAAUACUCAGGCUCUUUCACUUCAGUAAGCCCUGCGGGCUCCUUCACAAGCCGUUAUCCACAGACAGGCACCUAUCUGGAUGGCUUUGAGACUCCUUCCAGUCCUCGUUACAGUUUCACUGAUCCUAUCACAGCCAACAUGGGUGGCCCUGUCACCUUCGAAGCUCCCGAGCUGCCCGAGGAAACGCUGAUGGAGCAGGAGCAUACAGACACUGUGCAGAGCCUGCGAUUCACGUUGGAUUUUGCCCGCUGUCUGAUGGAGGUGGCUGGAGCCCGUGGGGCCUCGCCGAUAGGGGAGUGGGGGGACAUUUCUCAUCCCGCCGUCCUUCAGCAGCAGAGCCUGGUAGCAGAUCAGAUAAGCUCGCUGAGCCGAGAGUGGAGUCAUGCAGAACAGCUGGUCCUCUACCUUAAGAGUGCAGAACUCUUGUCCACUGCCUUACACACAGCCAUGGAGAGAGUUAAGCAGGGUAAACUCUACCCAUCCACUACUGUCAAACAAGUAGUGAAGAGGCUGAAUGAGCUGUACAAGUCCAGUGUGUCAUCAUGUCGUUCACUCAGCACCCGUCUGGAGUGCUUUUUUUCCAGAAAGCACCGUCUAAUGGACCAAAUUACCUCCAUCACAGCUGAGCGACUCCUGUUCAGUCACACUGUGCAGAUGGUUCAGGCUGCUGCGCUGGAUGAGAUGUUCCAUCAAGGGGAAGCAUCAGCCCUGCGCUACCAUAAAGCUCUCCUGCUGAUGGAGGGCCUCUCUCUGCUGCUCACUGAAAAGGAUGACAUCAUCAGCGUUAGCAAAUGUAAGGAGUGCAUUGAGCGCCGCCUCACAGCUUUACAGUCAGGACUCUGUGUUUGAGAGUCUCACACUGCUUGGAGUGUGGAUUUGAGAUGUCAGUCAUCUGCACCCUGCGCAUUACCAAGGAACCACAUCUGCACCCACAUCUUUCACUUUGCACACGACAACCUUGAGGCUUCAGUUUUUAACUGAGCCUCUGGGGUUUGUGCUCUCUAAAUGGUCUGCCAUUCAAAUUUUGGACAGUGGCAAUGAUUUUUGCCAACAUAAACUUGCGUCGGACAUGAAGUGACAGAAUGUCUGACUCUGCUCCUGGAUGGCACUGAAAGUUUUCCUUCGCUACGCGUAACACUUGCAGGAGCAAUUAUUGCCAAGUAGUCUCAUACCCACAUACAGAACUUAUCUAAAUAUAAAGAGAUAAGUUUUGUUGGGCAAAUAGUCAUACUACAGAUUUGCAGUAGACAACUCUACAUACCAAGAUCAGUAGCUGGAGGAAAGGUACAGCUUCUGUUGUACGAAUACAUACAGUAAGGGUGUGUGCUGAUGAACACCGGGAACGGCCAAGUAUCAUUCUCAUCAGCUGUGUGUUUGUCUUGUGCCCCUUGUUUGUUUUUCCCGGGUUUAUUUCUCUCUGUAUUUCUCUCAUUUUUACUUGCUUGCUGAAGGGAAGUAUAAAUAGCAGUGCUACAGUAGAUGGCCAAUAGUGCAUACAAGCACUAGUAAAAAAACUGUUGCCGAAAUUAAUAGAAAAUAUAUAGUUUUGUGAUUGUGUUAGGUUUUAUUUUAGAUUGACUAAAGGUAACUAUGCUGGUUUGGACACUUUACUGAUUCUAUACUUGCCUAAUGUCAAAGACCACAUCCCAUCAAUGAAACAAUAAUGCAGGUAGGGAUUUUAUUUUUAAGUGGUGGUGGGUAUUAAAGGAACAGGGACCAAAUGGGGUCCAGAAAAUGCUCACUACCCCACUGCUACAUGUAAAAUAUAGCUUUUAAUUCAAUAGUGACUGAAACUGGUCUGAUCGUAAUCAUGUUAAAGAUGCUGAAAUAACCUGGAGUGUAUUCUUCAGGUGUACCGAAGCUUAGAAGAUGCUGCUGUUACUGAUAUUUUCUCCACAUGAUUCCAAAUUCUGUCUGCAUGUUAUCAAUCGAUCUUGGCGGAGUUUAGCAAGUAUAAUCAGAUUUGAAUGUGGUUGACAGGAGAGGAAGAGCGUUAAUAUUAGCCAAGUGUUAACGUCUGAAUGUUUUUGCACUGUUGAAGUACUGUAGAGAACCAUCGUGAGUUAAACAUACAAAACAUGUUCAGUUUGUGUAGAUGCAUAUUUGCUUAUUUAGAGAUUUCUACUUCCAUACUUUCAUUGCAGUUUUAGUUGUAUGAUAGUCGCUGUCAAAAGGUAACGUGUUAUGUUGACGCAGAGAUGGUAUAAGCUAUGAAACCUUACAAAGAUUUCUUUAUAAAGGAAAAGAAAAAUCAGUUUACUCUUAAAACUGAUUAGAAUCGAGUGUUUUGUGUUCUGCUUUAGAGUAGUGAGUGUGUGACAAUUGUGUUUGAUUUUGAAAAGUGUCCUGUUGAUAUGGGGUGCUAGAUGAAAAUGUCUAUUUUACCUGAAAUAUUUAUGCGUUGUUGAUAAUGACCUUCGCCAUAUAUCCCAACGGGAUACCUUUUACUGCCCUGAACUGUGGGCCAAUGGGAAUGGUCAGCUUCUGCUUUGGUUGCUUUCAGAGAGAUGUUUGUGUGCAUGCAUGCAUGUGUGAAGCGAUGUGUUAAAGGAUAGUGGGCUUUGCUCCGUACAAAUGACAUUGCUCUGCAACAAGAUGUUGAAUGAUUUUUAUUUUGACUGCAGUUGAAUUGCAUGGAUGUAGUCAGGUCUCAAGUCAACAUAAUGAAACUUACAUCAGGCUUACAGGCCCAGUACUACGUUCUUUUCCCUGAGGUAUAUUUCUUCUGCCUUUUUGAGUCAAUUAAGAUGGUGACAGAGUGCAUAUUUUUAAAAUAAGGUGAUGAUGUGUGGUAAAGACUGAAGAUGGUUUUCACUUAUAGUAGCAAUUAUAGUAGCACAGUCAGAAGAACAGAAUGGAGGAAAGGUUUUUCUAAAUAUACAUUGCAUAUUUACUUUGUGGCCUUUUUGUAUUUUUGUCUGACAACACUUUUUCUGAAUUUUUUGCAGUGUGUUUAUAAUGAUUGUUUGAGUGUACAUUCCUAACAUCAACUCAUCCACAGGCUUGCUGUCUCUUACACAUGCUGCUCUGCUGACCCCUUCAAAGAAAUGGAUGCAUGUGUCACUUUUUAUUGUUCCCUACAAUCAUUACUAUUGGCCAUCCUCAUGAUGAUGAUAAUUGUCUUGGGUAGGAGUCAAAAGCGCCAUAAAAAUCAUUUUUGAAGCAGCUGAAAUAAUUAAAGAGUAUUAUGUUAGAGUAGAGCUGUAGGGCACAGUGCCCGACAUGGGGCACAUUUCCACUCUGCUGAAGUUUAUCGAUAUAUUGACUAUCAGCUCGAGGGCUACUGUUCAAAGUAUGAAUAAAGAUAAAAUGAAGUGUAACCUUCAUGAAGAUUCUGCCAUGUGCACUUCUGUAAUAGAUCUGUCGUUGAUUUAGAUUAUUCUUUGUUUGUUUCCUAAGAACAUACCUGAAUGUUUUCAUUUUGUGCUUUCACUUUACUAAUUCUGUAUUACCUGUAAAUAUUGUAAAUUAAAUUAUUGUUGUCACUGUGUACAUAAUGCUGCAGGCAUGGAGAGAACAGUACCAUACCAUCUAUACAUUUCCAAAGAAUUGGCCUUCUGCAGAUCUUCCAUUUGUCUCUUACUGUUGCUUAUGUCGUCAUAUCCAUGACAGACACGCUGUCUCUGUGUCUGUGCGUGAUGUAACCUUUACUUUUGGGAGUUCCAACAUGAAUAAAGUCAAAGGAAAGGUAA